AUGGUUUCCUCAGUAGGUGAAGAUGAGAUCGUUGCCACGAUCAAGUUCAAGCCGUCCAAACCAGGUGUCGUAGCUCGUCAACGCCAACAGGAGGACGAUGUGCUCGAUGACUGGGAUGCUGAAAGCAGCGAUGACGACGAUGUCUCUGACUCGAACAAGCCAGAUAUGAAGCAAGUAGACGUUUUCCGAACAACCAAGGAUCAAUGGACGGAAGCCAAUUUGCAAGCCCCAGCAGCCAUCCCAGUCGUAGCGUCUGGUCAUGGUCGUAGCUUACCGGGCGCAGCGUAUGGAUCACGUCUGCACACUAACAACAACCAGCAAACAUCUGCUUCUUCUUCACGACCACAGGCAGGUGUGACAAUAGCAGCGGCACCACCUCGCAUACUUCAGCGACCCAAGGAGGCGAUGCCAGGUAUGCGCAGUGACGGAUCUUCAACUCAUAUGUCCAACUCGGCAUCCCAAGAGCGUAAGACGGUCGAGCAACGUCAGGAAGAGUACCGCUUAGCGCGCGAGAGAAUCUUUGGUUCCUCAUUGAAUGCCUCUUCGUCUAAUAGCGGCUCUUCGAAGAGAUGA